CUCACUAGAGAGUAGGGAGAUAUUUAAAGCAAGUACCAACCCCGUUUUAUAGAUGAGGAAACAAAGCAGAGAUGAGGUAACAAAGGCAGAGAUGAGGUAAAUCUCCCUGUGGCUGACUUCAGAAUUCUUACUUCUGGCUUUUACAUUUUUUCUUUUUAAAAUAACUUCGACGGAUAAAAGAUGUGCCAUGGCAGGAUAGCACCAAAGAGCACCUCAGCGUUGGCCGUGGCCUCCGCGGGACAUGGAGUGUUCCUUCCGUUGGUGAUCCUUAGCACCCUCAUUGGAGACGGACUUGCCUCAGUGUGUUCCCUGCCCCCGGAGCCAGAGAAUGGCGGCUAUAUCUGCCACCCCCGGCCCUGCAGAGACCCCCUGAACGCGGGCAGCGUCAUUGAGUACCUGUGUGCCGAAGGCUACAUGUUGAAGGGUGACUACAAGUACCUGACGUGUAAGAAUGGAGAAUGGAAACCAGCCAUGGAGAUUAGCUGCCGUCUCAAUGAGGACAAAGACGCCCACACAUCACUUGGGGUCCCCACGCUGUCCAUAGUUGCUUCCACUGCCAGCUCCGUGGCACUCAUCCUCCUCCUCGUGGUGCUGUUUGUGCUGCUGCAGCCGAAGCUGAAGUCAUUCCAUCACAGCAGGCGCGACCAGGGGGUAUCUGGCGACCAGGUUUCCAUCAUGGUGGAUGGAGUCCAGGUUGCGCUGCCGUCCUACGAGGAAGCUGUAUAUGGCAGCUCCGGUCACUGUGUGCCACCUGCUGACCCAAGAGUGCAAAUCGUGCUGUCGGAAGGCUCUGGGCCUGGUGGCAGGACCGGGCCACGGGAGCAGCAGCUACAGGACCAGGGGGCCUGUUCCUCUGCAGGCGGAGAGGAGGAGGCCCCAGGCCAGUCUGGACUGUGCGAAGCCUGGGGCUCUCAGGGCUCAGAGACUGUGGUGGUGCAUCAGGCAACCACCUCUUCCUGGGUGGCCGGCUCAGGGAACAGCCGAGUGGCAUACAAAGAAGCCCCAGAUUCAGAGAACAGUGACAUACAAAGCCUUUUAUCCCUCACGUCGGAGGACUACACAGAUGACAUCCCGCUGUUGAAAGAAGCAUGAGCGCUUCCACGGGCCUCUCCUCUGCACCAGUCCUCUCUGCCCCUCUUCCCACUCCCUGUGGGUAUGAGCACCCCAUACUCCAGCCACCCUACCUGGAUACCUGAGCUGCCACCUGUGUAUCUGUGUAUCUCUGUAUCUCUGCGGGCCUGCAGGCCCACCUUGCUGGAAACUCAAGGAUGAUUCUCGCCAUCUGCCUGCUGGACAGCUGGAGGAGCUGGCAUUUUGCCUAGUCCAGCCUUCCCAUCUGUGUUGGGGACGUGUUUGAAUGUGCCGGACUGAGCUCUUCCUUUCCCUGAGCCCUCCGGGUCCCCUCCAGCCAGCUCUUUGGCAGCAGACCCCACCAGCCUGCGUGGGCCUGAGAGCGGCUGGGUUUACUCGUGCCUUCCCCCGCAGCCCAUCCGACUCCCCUGUCAUGCAGGCUUGUUGCUGUCCUACAGGCCUUAGUGGCUGCACUGCUGCCCUCUGCCACACAGAGGGCCGGGUCUGCGUCUGGCCUGUUGCCUUUAAGGGCUGGCACCACUGCCCUUAGCAGGAGCAGAUCCAAAAGUGGCUCCAGUUAGGGCAAGAAUGUGGGUCCCCGGGUCUGCCCUCGGUUGACACUGGUGGCAGAUUUCUUUGGCUGAGGAUGGAGGAUGUGGAAAGUCAUGCCAAAGCUGUCCCAGCACCGAGGUGUCCAGCUCGGAGGUUCUGGCUCCUGGCCCCAUUGAGUUUCUGAGAAGCAUAGAGAAGAUCCUGAGGAGGGAAGGAAGGUGGCUGAUUAAUGAUUGUCUUCCUAAUAUGCAAGUUCUCACUUCCUCCUUCCAGCACCGGCCCUCCUGGCCUUGGUUUUUCUGUUUCACUGGAAUGGAAGGGGCAGUGCCCGGCUGCCUCCCAGGUUUGGUUCUUGGCAGCCGCAGCUUCCUUGCUGCUCACAGGGACCUGAGGUGAAUCAUCCCUGGGACAGGAGAGUGGCUGAGGUGCCACGAGAGGCCUGUGUGGCCGGUGGCAUUUGGGGCAUGUUGCCCCGUUUUGGGUUUGUGGUGACGGAAGGGAGCCCGAGAGGCACAGACUGAGUCCCCAGGCAGCUGCAGGCAGCUCCAGCCCUGGUCCUGAGGGUCCUCGUCACCACAGUCACGUGCCUUAGUAACUGUGCCCAGGAAGCGUGCUGCUGCUUGCUGCACCACCGCUUUUCCCUGCUUGUGUUUGCCCGUCCCCCUUCCUCGUGCCAGCCCGCGAGUCCCUGCUCUCCCCUGGCCCCCCUACCCCCCUUCCUUGUGCCAGGCCACCAGUCCCUGCUCUCCCCUGGCCCCCCUGCCCCCCUUCCUUGUGCCAGGCCGCCAGUCCCUGCUCUCCCCCUGCCCCCCUUCGUCAUGCCAGCCUGCCAGUCCCUGCUCUCCCCCUGCCCCCCUUCCUUGUGCCAGGCCGCCAGUCCCUGCUCUCCCCCUGCCCCCGUCCUUAUGCCAGCCCAUCAGUCCCUGCCCUCCCCUGGCUCCCCUGCCCCCUUCCACGUGCUGGCCCACCAGCGUGUCCCUGGCACCUGUGGGGGAGGGGCCGACACUCCUGAACACCCCCUUGCUGGUCUGCGGUGGGUUAAUGCUUGCGAGGCAGCCUGGCUUGGGUCCCUGGAGUUGGAGCAGGUGGGCACUGUGCUCCCGGAUGCUUCUGCUGGGGGCUCUCGUUCUGCCACCUUGAAUGCUGACUGGGGCCGGGGUGGCAGAGCUCAGCCAGGCUACUGCCAUCCUCAGAAGAUGUGGCAUUAAGGAAUGCUUGUUUCCGUUGUGUUUUUGAAGCACUGGGGCUGGGAGACUUGUAAUUGACCCCACCUGCACCUCUGCUCCUCCCCCAGCUGCUGUGUUCUGGGUGGCAAAAACCAUAAAGAACCUAGUCUGUUUUCAGUACCUAACCUAACAGGGUAGCUCCAGGCAUGGUUGGCCAGGAAGAUUAAGAACAAUGGCCUCAGCCUCCUCACUCUCACAUGCACUUUACCACCGCCCAUUCCCGGCCUCCUGGCGCCACUGUAGUCUUCCUUUGCUCAGGGUAAGGGCAGUGCCUUCUGGGCCUGUGGGCACCCCCAUGUCUCUCCCCUUCCCCGCCCAAGAGCCCUCAUGGGCUGUGUGCAAAGCCUUGGCUGACGUGUUUCCAUGUGGAGCAGGUGGAUGAAGGUGCUGGAACACACAAGCCUCUGAGGGACAUGCAGCAGACCAGGGGCCCUGUCCUUGCCUCCAAAGAGGCCAUUACCAGAGACGUGCCUGUCAGCGGUUGCUGGCAUGGGGCCCGUCUGGAGGGUGGGCUCCCUAGGGACCCUAGUUGCCUCAUGACUCAUGGGCUCUCCUUUAUCCACAGGGGUGCCCUGUCUUCCAGAAAAGACAGCAGAUACAAAUGGCAACAGGGACAAAUUGCAGGGGAGAUCCAAAGUCUCACUGUUGGGCCUGCAGCCUGUAUUCUAGUCUAGAAUAUUUUUUAAAAUGAAAGAUCUUACCCUUUUUUA